UGGAAAUACCUGGUUGAUAAAGUCUCACGGUUGGUUGUUUGUUAAUAAAACUACCAUCAUUUCUUGUCUUGGGCUGAUGGAACCAUCGAUCAAUUCUCAUUGGACAGAGUUGCGACUCGUGGGAUUUGAGCUUUUCCCAAUCACUGAAAAGAUCUUCCAUUGGUUGGUUGGUUGGGUGUGGGGCGCUUUUGUUGAAUGGUCUUCGGAUCACCUGAACGAGAAAAACGAGGUCGGUCACCUGAGUCAGAUACACAAACAAAAAGCAAAAUGA